GAAAUGUCUUACCAAAUAUGCUUGCUCCCCCAGGUGUCCAGAAGUGGCCCUCAAAGUCUUGGAUUUUUUCACUUCGGGUUUAUUUUGUGAUGGAGACAGUGUUGAAGUCUCCCUGUGAUGAACAGCACCCUCAUCAGGCUGAAGACUUUCAUGCGAAGCCCGAGCAGAACAGCAAGCUUUCAGCAGGAAUAAAAAAAGAUAUUGAAAGACUUUAUGAAGCAGUGCCACAGCUUGUAAAUGUGUUCAAAAUUAAGGAGAAAAUUGGAGAAGGUACUUUUAGUUCUGUUUACUUGGCUACAGCACAACUACAAACAGGAUAUGAGGAAAAAAUGGCUCUGAAACACUUGAUUCCAACAAGCCACCCUCUGCGAAUUGCUGCUGAACUUCAGUGCCUCACAGUAGCAGGGGGACAAGAUAAUGUCAUGGGAGUUAAAUACUGCUUUAGGAAAAAUGAUCAUGUGGUUAUUGUUAUGCCAUAUCUGGAACACGAAUCUUUCUUGGACAUUCUGAAUUCUCUUUCUUUUGAAGAAGUGAGGGAGUACAUGUUUAAUCUGUUUAAAGCACUGAGGCGCAUUCAUCACUUCGGUAUUGUUCACCGUGACGUCAAGCCCAGUAACUUCCUCUACAACAGGCAUCUAAAAGAGUAUGCCUUGGUAGAUUUUGGCUUGGCACAAGGAACCCCUGAUACAAAAAUUGAACUUCUCAAAACUGCCCACUCUGAAGACCAGCAGGGAAGUUGCUUGCAAAAUAAUCCCACCAUACCCUUGGGAAAUGGGGUUUCUGUCAAUGUCACAGUACCUAAACAGAUAGAUCAACAGUCAGCCUCAAAACCAGCUGAUAAAAAGUUCGUCUCACAUUCAAAAAUACAGAUUAAAGAAGGAAGAGAAGGAAAGGAGGGUUCUGUGCACCAUUCUGUCCAGCGCUCUGUCUUUGGAGAGAGGAAUUUCAAUGUAUAUAGUUCCACGUACCAGCAGAACUCAAGUACAAAAGUCAUAAAACAUUCCAAGAUGAUAGAUGUUUCAUCUAGGAAAUUAGUAACAAAGAAGAAAAUUAUUUCUACUAAAACACUGAGUAAUGGGGCAGCCAGGAGAGCUGCCAGUGGUUGUCCUUCAAACAUGAUCUGUGACUGUUAUGCAACAGAUAAAGUUUGCAGCAUUUGCCUUUCAAGGUGUCAGCAAGUUGCUCCCAGGGCAGGAACACCUGGAUUCAGAGCACCGGAAGUAUUAACAAAGUGCCCUACUCAGACCACAGCAAUUGACAUGUGGUCUGCAGGAAUCAUAUUCCUUUCUCUGCUCAGUGGACGGUAUCCAUUUUACAAAGCCAGUGAUGAUUUAACUGCUUUGGCACAAAUAAUGACAGUUCGUGGAUCCAGAGAAACCAUUCAGGCUGCUAAAACUUUUGGUAAAUCAGUUCUGUGUACCCAAGUUGUUGCAGCACAAAACUUAAGAACUCUCUGCGAGAAGUUGAGAGGAACAAAUAGCAGCUGUAAGAGAUCCCAGGGUGAAGUGCCCAGCAAGCCUCUUAGUGACUCAACUUUGCCGGUUGCAGUAGACAAAUUGUGUGCUCCUGAGACACUUGGAAAACAAAUCCAACAAUUAAAGAGUGUUCAGGAAGGUGAUGAUGGUUUGGAAAUGAAAGCAACAGACAUGAAAGGAUGGGAUCAGGUUCCUGAUGAAGCAUAUGACCUACUUGAUAAGCUACUAGACUUAAAUCCUGCAACAAGAAUAACUGCAAAAGAGGCUUUGCGGCAUCCUUUUUUUAAAGACAUGAGACCCUGAGAAGAUUCCAUUUUCUGUUACUGCUUUCAUAUGUUUUAUGUGGAAAUGAGGUAGUUUUACCUUGUUGCCCUCAACAUUUACACUCACUGAAAUACCAUCACAUUGUGCACAGAACUACUGAAAUUUUGUCUUUUACAGUUGGACUGCAAAUGUCAGUUUAAGACAUACUUGCAGAUGUAAACAUCUCUAACAUGGUCUUUUCCUAAGACACUUCUGAGGGGUUAUUGCUGUGCAUACCUGUUCUCUGAGAAAGUUAACUUUGAUUAAAAACCGCAAAGAAAAAUAGCUUCACAAGGACUGUGCUUAAUUCUCAAGACACUCCCUUAAAACUUACAAAUUUGCCUUUAGCCAUGACUGAAAUAAGAAAGUG